AUGUCCGUUCACAAUCAACGAGGCAAGGUGAAGUCCGCUUCUCGCAUUCGCCCACAACGAAUGCCGGCAAAUUCCUUCAAUUAUUCGAAGGCGUCCCCAGCUUUCAACUCCUCUGGGACAAACGAUGAUAGCCUUGGAAUCUUUAGCAGUACUGAGCUGACCUAUUGGCUUGGGCGCCACGCCCUUGGUAACAUUGGUGAGGUUACUACAGUUGAUAGUGAGAAAAUACUCGGAUUGAUUCGGGCCAUAUCUCCUGGCGGGGACAUGGGUCUCACCUAUGCGUACACGACCCAUAAGACGAAAAAUGGACAUGUCCACGCAAGUGACAUUACUGUGCCGUUAUCCGACUGGAAAAUGGUCCGCAUACCGAAUAUUAAGCUGUCAGAUGGAUUGAUGGGCGAGUUGAAAAAUGACACGGAACCCGCACUUGAGCCCGAUUCAACGGAUUUGGGGACCAAUGGCAAAGAACUUGUUCCAUUUUUCGCUUCAUCUGACGCUGUUCAAGAUUGUGUUCUCGAUCAGGGAGGGUUCCCAGCAGAAGAAAUGUUCAAAACUAACAAGGAGCUGUUUUCAGUUUCCUCAACUUAUAACCCUGAGUUGACAGAAUACACAACGGCGGUCGACAGGAGUGCCCCAAAUUUCUCCGAAACAGAGGCACGUUGCGCUCAGCUAGCCCGCGACAUUGAAGGAAGCCAGCCGUCAAGUAUCACUCCAGAAGACGGAUGCGAGGAUGAGGAGCUCGCCUUUAGUGCAGUGGUUCGCACUUCACGCGAUCUUCCAGUUCAACCUCGACCGUCUGUCCGAAAAACGCGUGGAUCCCAGGAGCGGAUCAGUGCUGUUCGCGCGGAACCUGGCAAAGCACGGACGCAGUCAAUUCAGACGGCAGCUGCCAACACUAGUGAUUCCGCCGAACCACCAGCAAAUAAUUCGGAAUCUGUGGGUAAUGAGUCAACCAAGCCUGACCCGCAGUUGGUGUCAACCGCUGCCAAAGCUUCUAACCUGGCUCUUCCCGAAAAGCCCGUAUUGGUUGACGAUUCGCGUACUAGUGCACAAGCACCUCCGGAAGACAUCGUGGUUAACUCUACUGCACGUAUUACCAGCUCCGUGGAAGAGAAAGUCAAAAAGUCCACACUGGAUCCAAACGCUCCGGAAUUCCACCCUUUAAGCUUACAGUACGCCAACUUGCCUCCACAACCACAGAUGCCCUCGGCAUUGCCUGCCGCGUCAUUCGCCUCGCCGGUCGUACACCAGGCAGUGCCUAAUUCCCAAUCAGGCCAGGUAGCGAUGCCAACAUUACAGACCUUCGUGGCUACCGCGCAACCACACUUGUAUGCGCCAUCUUCUGUUCCGUAUGGACCUCAUUCAGGACCGAUUCCCCAUCUGUUGUCGGCUGCAAACAAUGUGCAGCCGCAUGUCCGAGGUGGUUCGCUUCCACCGACCAUUCAUCAACAACACUUUCCAACUUCGAUAAAUCCUCAAGCAAGUUUGCUGUUACAGCAAUCUCAACAACCGGGAAUGUCGCUUCCACAGCUGAUUACAUCACAACCACCAGUAAUUGCAGGUCCAACACCGACUAACCGAUUCUCAGGGCCGCCAUCGUCGGUUGCACACGUUCACCAACGAUCUGAUACGUCCACGACCCCUCACUCAUCCGCUUACGGAAUUCCUCAGGCUAAUAUGUCUGUUUCCACUUUCCAACCACCGCUUUACCAGAUACCUCAAUCAGGCGGUCCAAUUCCUCUUUGGGUCACCGGUCACCCACAAAUGGGAUUACAUUUCAUUCCUGGUGCAGGUGGCUCUUCGCAGUUGAUGGUUGGAAAUAUACCGCUCUCACAGGCAUCUGGACAGCAGCUGUACCCCGCCCAUGCAAUGUUGCAUAUGCAACCCACCCAAUUGUCUGUACAAGUGCAAGUUCCACAAGCCCCUCCCUCGACGACUCCUCAGCCGUCGCAGUCUCAACAGGUUUUCCAGGCUCACUCUGCGCCUUUCCAGGAACAUCCACACCAUAUUCAGCUGCCAGCAUACGCUGCCAAUAUGCUUUCAUCUCAGCAGGCCUCAGCUCAAAACUACUAUCCUGCCCCUCCCACCGUGCUUGCUGGUCCGAACCCAAACAAUGCAGCGGUUCAACCCGGACUGUUACCUCUAAUGAAUCAUAGUGCACAGCAUCCGGCCAGUGGUAAUGUCGGACAUCAUCCUCCGACGAUGGACCCAUCACUACUAAAUCAGCUUCCAAAUCCCCAGUUUACACAGCAACCUAAUGACAUUCUUCAGCAUUUCGCUGCUGCCCAUUUCUUUCAGGCGCAGCUGGCCGCUGGACAGCAUCUAAAUUCUCAAUCUUUCCCACGCACCUAUCAGACAUUGGCUGCUAUGGUAGCAAACAACAAUAAUCCGUCUUCACAGUCACAUUAG